AUGAAAUCCCAGAGUGGAUCCAUAAGGUGGAGGAGGGAGGGCAACCUGCUGUAUGUGAAGUGGAAUGAAGCAAGCAUGGUGUCAAUUGAUUCCACCAUACACAAAGCAUACGAGAAGGACACAACAGUGAAGAGGAAGAAGAGGUUGAAGGACGGGAGCUGGACCACUGUGCUCGUGCCUAUCCCAGAGCCCUUUGUGGACUACACCAGCCACCCUAGUCAUAGACUGUUCUCUCUAGGUAACAACACAUCUGCCACGCUGAUCCUCAACACGGGGGCCCCUCAGGGGUGCGUGCUCAGUCCCCUCCUGUGCUCCCUGUUCACAGCGUAAAAGAGGGGGUGGGGGACACAAUGCAAAUAGUCCAGGUAGCCAUGAUUAGCUGUUCAGGAGUCUUAUGGCUUGGGGGUAGAAGCUGUUGAGAAGCCUUUUGGACCUAGACUUGGCGCUCCGGUACCGCUUGCCAUGCAGUAGCAGAGAGAACAGUCCAUGACUAGGGUGGCUGGAGUCUUUGACAAUUUUGAGGGCCUUUUUCUGACACCGCCUGGUAUAGAGGUCCUGGAUGGCAGGAAGGUUGGCCCCAGUAAUGUACUGGGCCGUACGCACUACCCUCUGUAGUGCCUUGCGAUCGGAGGCCGAGCAGUUGCCAUACCAGGCGGUGAUGCAACCAGUCAGGAUGCUCUCGAUGGUGCAGCUGUAGAACUUUUUGAGGAUCUGAGGACCCAUGCCAAAUCUUUUCAGUCUCCUGAGGGGGAAUAGGCUUUGUGGUGCCCUCUUCACGACUGUCUUGGUGUGUUUGGACCAUGAUAGUUCGUUGGUGAUGUGGACACCAAGGAACUUGAAGCUCUCAACCUGUUCCACUACAGCCCUGUCGAUGAGAAUGGGGGCGUGCUCAGUCCUCUUUUUUUUCCUGUAGUCCACAAUCAUCUCCUUUGUCUUGGUCACGUUGAGGGAGAGGUUGUUAUCCUGGCACAACACGGCCAGGUCUCUGACCUCCUCCCUAUAGGCUGUCUCAUCGUUGUCGGUGAUCAGGCCUACCACUGUUGUGUCGUCGGCAAACUUAAUGAUGGUGUUGGAGUUGUGCCUGGCCAUGCAGUCAUGGGUGAACAGGGAGUACAGGAGGGGACUGAGCACGCACCCCUGAGGGGCCCCCGUGUUGAGGAUCAGCGUGGCAGAUGUGUUGUUACCUACCCUUGCCACCUGUGGGCGGCCCGUCAGGAAGUCCAGGAUCCAGUUGCAGAGGGAGGUGUUUAGUCCCAGGAUCCUUAGCUUAGUGAUGAGCUUUGAGGGCACUAUGGUGUUGAACGCUGAGCUGUAGUCAAUGAAUAGCAUUCUCACGUAGGUGUUCCUCUUGUCCAGUUGGGAAAGGGCAGUGUGGAGUGCAAUAGAGAUUGCAUCAUCUGUGGAUCUGUUGGGGCGGUACGCAAAUUGGAGUGGGUCUAGGGUUUCUGGGAUAAUGGUGUUGAUGUGAGCCAUGACCAGCCUUUCAAAGCACUUCAUGGCUACAGACGUCAGUGCUACGGGUCGGUAGACAUUUAGGCAGGUUACCUUAGUGUCCUUGAGCACGGGGACUAUGGUGGUCUGCUUGAAACAUGUUGGUAUUACAGACUCAGUCAGGGACAUGUUGAAAAUGUCAGUGAAGACACUUGCCAGUUGGUCAGCACAUGCUCGGAGUACACGUCCUGGUAAUCCGUCUGGCCCUGUGGCCUUGUGAAUGUUGAACUGCUUAAAAGUCUUACUCACAUCGGCUAUGGAGAGCAUGAUCACAUAGUCAUCCGGAACAGCUGGUGCUCUCACAGAUGCUUCAGUGAUGCUUGCCUCGAAGCGAGCAUAGAAGUGGUUUAGCUCGUCUGGUAGGCUUGUGUCACUGGGCAGCUCGCGGCUGUGCUUCCCUUUGUAGUCUGUAAUAGUUUUCAACCCCUGCCACAUCCGACGAGCGUCAGAGCCGGUGUAGUACGAUUCAAUCUUAGUCCUGUAUUGACGCCUUGCCUGUUUGUUGGUUCGUCGGAGGGCAUAGCGGGAUUUCUUAUAAGUGUCCGGGUUAGAGUCCCGCUCCUUGAAAGCGGCAGCUCUACCCUUUAGCUCAGUGCGGAUGUUGCCUGUAAUCCAUGGCUUCUGGUUGGGGUAUGUACGUAUGGUCACUGUGGGGACGACGUCAUCGAUGCACUUAUUGAUGAAGCCAGUGACUGAUGUGGUGUACUCCUCAAUGCUAUCUGAAGAAUCCCGGAAUAUGUUCCAGUCUGUGCUAGCAAAACAGUCCUGUAGCUUAGCAUCUGCGUUGUCUGACCACUUUUAUAUUAUCGAGUCACUGGUGCUUACUGCUUUAGUUUUUGCUUAUAAUAAAUAAUAUGCCAUUUAGCAGACGCUUUUAUCCAAAGCGACUUACAGUCAUGCGUUCAUAAAUUUUUUUGUGUAUGGGUGGUCCCGGGGAUCGAACCCACUACCUUGGCGUUACAAGCGCCGUGCUCUACCAGCUGAGCUACAGAGGACCACAAGCAGGAAUCUGGAGGAUAGAGUUAUGGUCAGAUUUGCCAAAUGGAGGGCGAGGGAGAGCUUUGUAUGCAUCUCUGUGUGAAGAGUAAAGGGGGUCUAGAGUUUUUUUCCUCUGGUUGCACAUUUAACAUGCUGGAAGAAAUUAGGUAGAACGGAUUUAAGUUUCCCUGCAUUAAAGUCCCCGGCCACUAGGAGCGCUGCCUCUGGAUGAGCGUUUUCCUGUUUACUUAUGGCCUUAUCAAGCUUAUUGAGUGCAAUCUUAAUGCCAGCAUUGGUUUGUGGUGGUAAAUAGACAGCUAUGAAAUAUAUAGAUGAAAACUCUCUUGGUAAAUAGUGUGGUCUACAGCUUAUCAUAAGAUACUCUACCUCAGGCGAGCAAAACCUCGAGACUUCCUUAGUAUUUUAUUUUGUGCACCAGCUGUUGUUUACAAAUAUACACAGACCGCCACCCCUUGUCUUACCGGAGUCAGCCGUUCUAUUCCUGCCGAUGUAGCGUAUAGCCCGCUAGUUUUCCAUGUCGUCGUUCAGCCACGACUCGGUGAAACAUAAGAUAUUACAAUUUUUUGUCCCGUUGGUAGGAUAUCUGUACUCUUAGGUCAUCUAUUUUAUUUUCCAAUGAUUGAAGAUUGGCUAAUAGGAUUGAUGGAAGAGGCAGUUUACUCGCUCGCCGUCAGAUCCUUACGAGGCACCCCGACCUACGUCCACAAUAUCUUUGUCUCUUUCUCCUGCGAAUGACGGGGAUUUGGGCCUUGUCGGGUGUCUGUAGGAUAUCCUUGGUGUCCGACUCGUUGAAGAAAAAAUCUUUGUCCAAUACGAGGUGAGUAAUCGCUGUCCUGAUAUCCAGAAGCUCUUUUUGGUUAUAAGAGACGAUGGCAGAAACAUUAUGUACAGAAUCAAUUACAAAUAACGUGAAAAAACACACAUAAUAGUACAAUUGGUUAGAGGGCUGUAAAACGGCAGCCAUCUUCUCCGGCGCCACUCUGUAGGAGCUGCAAAGCUCCACAGUGGAGAUUGGAGUAUCUGUCCAUAGGACCACUUUAAGCCGUACACUCCACAGAGCUGGGCUUUACGGAAGAGUGGCCAGAAAAAAGCCAUUGCUUAAAGAAAGAAAUAAGCAAACACGUUUGGUGUUCACCAAAAGCCAUGUGGGAGACUCCUCAAACAUAUGGAAAAAGGUACUCUGGUCAGAUGAGACUAAAAUUGAGCUUUUUGGCCAUCAAGGAAAACGCUAUGUCUGGCGCAAACCCAACACCUCUCAUCACCCCAAGAACACCAUCCCCACAGUGGUGGUGGCAGCAUCAUGCUGGGGGAUGUUUUUCAUCGGCAGGGACUGGGAAACUGGUCAGAAUUGAAGGAAUGAUGGAUGCUGCUAAAUACAGGGAAGUUCUUGAGGGAAACCUUUCAGUCUUCCCGGAGAUUUGAGACUGGGACGGAGGUUCACCUUCCAGCAGGACAAUUUUACAUUUACAUCAUUUACCAGACAAUGACCCUAAGCAUACUGCUAAAGCAACACUCGAGUGGUUUCAGGGGAAACAUUUAAAUGUCUUGGAAUGGUCUUGUCAAAGCCCAGACCUCAAUCCAAUUAAGAAUCUGUGGUAUGACUUAAAGAUUGCUGUACACCAGCGGAACCCAUCCAACUUGAAGGAGCUGGAGCAGUUUUGCCUUGAAGAAUGGGCAAAAAUCCCAGUGGCUAGAUGUGCCAAGCUUAUAGAGACAUACCCCAAGAGACUUGCAGCUGUAAUUGCUGCAAAAGGUGGCUUUACAAAGUAUUGACUUUGGGGGGGGUGAAUAGUUCUGCACGCUCAAGUUUUCUGUUUUUUUUUCUUAUUUCUUGUUUGUUUCACAAGAACAAAUAUUUGCAUCGUCAAAGUGGUAGGCAUGUUGUGUAAAUGAAAUGAUACAAACCCCCAAAAAAUCAAUUUUAAUUCCAGGUUGUAAGGCAACAAAAUAGGAAAAAUGCCAAGGGGGGUGAAUACUUUCGCAAGCCUCGCUACUGUUAUUUUUACUGUUAUUUUUACUGUUAUUUUACUGCUUUUAUUUUUUUACUUAUCUAUUGUUUGAGAGGCAAACGGACCACGUUCCUGUGCCUUGCAAACCGCCGGUAUGCAAAAGAAAGAGGGCUAGUCUAGAAUGCAGAAGUUAUAAAUAUUGCCUAGACGAAUGGAACCACACCCACAAAACUCCAUGGAAGUGCAAGGUGUGCGAGGUUGCGCAGUGUGUUAUUCCUGACAGGAACUGUUUUGAGAAGUGGCACUCUAAACUUCCAGUAACUACCAUCAAAUAUGAGAUGCUGGAAGUCUUAACGAUGCCCUAG